AUGGAACUCGAGGAAAUCAUCAAACCCUACACUCUAGCCCCGGAGCCGCCGAAGCGGCCGGGGGCGGAGGCAGGCCCUGCAGCAAAGCGGCAUUUGGGGGACACAGCAGCAGCAGCAGCAGCAGCAGCAGCAGGAGGUGCAGCAGCAGCUGCUGCUGCUGAAGCCGGGGGGGCCCUCGGGGGCAACACAGGAAAACUGUCUUUAGAAGAUCUGCCAGAUGAAAUUGACGCCAAUGCCGUUGAGAAGAUCCUGGAGCAAGCUGAUGAGAUGCACGUCGAGGAAAUCACAGAGGCCUCCAUUAAGCGCUGCGCUGCUCAGCUCGAAAGGAGAAUUAAAAAAAAUCAACACGAUAGAAUCAAAUUCGCAAACAAUCCCGAAAAGUGGAUAAAGUCGGAGGUGGACUUGGACGAGGAGCUGAAGCGAUGGUCGCAGGUGGCGGCUUCUCCGAGUUUAUUUCCGCAAAUGUUUGAAAAUGGAGUUUUUGAUUUAUUAGUUUCUCUUUUGUCGCAUGCAAACACAGACUUAGCUGUCGAUACAGCCGAAGUGCUCACGGAACUCACCGAGGCCGACACCGUCAUGGAGGCGCCGGACCCCGAGGGGGUGGUGGGCCAGUUGAUGGGAAGCCACUUGCCCGAAAUGGUGGUGGAUCUUUUGUGCCGCCUCAAAGAAGAUGGAGGAGAAGACGACGCGCUGGGCAUCAGCAGCUGCCUAACUGUAAUAGAAAACUUAAUUGAAUUAAAUCCUUCUUUAUCUUUAACACUAACUCAGUCUCAGAAGCUUCCGGCGUUUCUAUUUCGCCGGAUCCGGGGCCCCCCGGGGGCCCCGGGGGCCCCCGGGGCAGCAGCAGCAGCAGGGGGCCCCCCGGGGGCCCCCGGGGGCCCCCCGGCUGCUGCGAACGGGUUUGUUGUAGACGGGGCCCGGCUGCAUGCAGCAGAAGUGCUCACGCUGCUGCUGCAGCACUUGGGGGCCCCCGAAAAGGCCCAAAUAGGAGGCAGAAAUGGGGCAGAUGGAGUUGACAAGUUGCUGCGGGCCAUCGCGCCUUACCGGAAGAAAGACCCGGAGAGUUCGCAAGAGGAAGAACUCGUCCUCAACUUGUUCGACUCCCUCUGCAGUUUGCUCCUAGUGGAGUCCAACAGGGAAUUGCUGGGCAAGCAGCAAGGGGUGGAGCUGAUGCUUAGGAUUAUAAAAGAGAGGCGGCACUUCACGCCCCAGGCCGUGAAGGCCCUGGACUUCGCACUGAUGGACUCCGCGUACAACUGCAACACUUUUGUAGAACGUUUGGGACUUCGAUUUCUUUUUUCGAUGUUUUUGGGAAAAGAAAAAGAUCCAAAAAAGAAACAAAAGACAAAUGACGAGCUCACAGGCAAGUGCUUUUCAAAAAAGAAAAAAAGAAAAGAACUUCUUUUUGCUUUCAAAAGAAAAGAAAUUAUUUUUGUUCUUAAUGCCGAGAGAGUUUUUGCCUGA